AUGGAUGAAAUCAAAGACUAUCUCUGGGAGCACUUUAAGGCUCUUAAGCCCUCCUUUUUCUCUAAGAAGCCGCACUUUAACUUCAUAUCUACUCACUACUUCUACAUCUUGGCACUCUCCAUCAUUGGGUCCAUACUGAUCUUUGCUGGUGGCCGGGGGAACUUGGCCUAUAUAGACGCGCUCGUCUUUGCUAGUGGCGCCAAUACUCAGGCCGGUCUCAACACAGUGGAUGUAAAUCUACUGAACACCUUUCAACAAAUAUGCAUCUUCCUCUUUCCCAUGCUGGCGAACCCCAUCACAAUCAACUCGUUUGUCGUCUUUCUCCGCCUAUACUGGUUCGAGAAACGCUUUCAGAAUAUAGCACGAGAAGCCCGUCAGAGAAGAGGCACCAUUUCCAAGUCAAAGUCCAAAGCCAAGGGCGACAUCAAUCGACUAGAGACAGGCGUCAACGGCCGCAACAUCACGGUUAUGCACGACGGCACGAGGUCUAGAAUCACUAAUGACGGCAUUCUACUUGACCCUGUUACCGCCAAGGAAAAUGCCCUCAGGGAGAAUGGCCGAAAAGACGAACACGAAAAUGGAAUACCGCCCGAUCAAGAAGACAUUGACCCGAAAAAUACGCUCGUCCCUACCGAGAGUCGCCGCACAGAGAUCAAGUUUGCUAAUACCGUCAAGCGGAGCGAUGGUGUUCGAGACGACAUGAAGAUUCCGCAGCAACGGUCCGACGAGGAGCACAUCGCGAUUCUCGAACAGAUGCCGAAAGAGGCAUCAGGCCAGAACGUGUACAUGAAGACGACGAUGAAGAAGUCGAGGCAAUGUCAAUGA